AUGUCUACAUUCAAUAUCGACCAGGACCAAGCGAAGGCGCUCAGGGGUAAAGUUGCCAUUUUGACAGGUUCUUCUUCCGGAAUCGGCCUCGAAACAUUGAAGCUAUUUGCAGAGAAUGGCGCAACAGUUGUGAACGCAGAUCUAAAACCACCGUCCAGCGAAUUUCCCAACACGACUUUUAUCAAGACGGACGUCACGAAUUGGGAUGAUCUUCGCAAUCUAUUCGAAGAGACUGUGAAAAGAUAUGGCCGCGUGGAUGUCACUUUUGCGAAUGCUGGUGUCGCAGCCAUAGCAGAUUAUUUCGACCUACAACUCGAUGACCACGGACAACCGAGGGAGCCAUCUCGACUGUGCUAUGAGAUCAAUGUGCUCGGUUAUAUGUCAUUCGGUGCGACCGACUAUACAACUUCCAAGCAUAGCGUCCUCGGAUUUCAAAGAGGUCUACUUCCACAGUUGCGGGUCCGGCAUCUGGACAAGAUCCGAAUCAACAGCAUCGCACCGAACUGGACUCGCACGAAUCUCUUGGACGCUGAAUGGCUCGAAAGCAUCGGCGUCAGAUUCCAGGAGCCCAAAGCCGUAGCUCGAGCAGUUUGCAUGCUGGCCUCCGACCAAUCCCGCAACGGCGAAGUAAUAUACGUGGAGAACGGGGCUUACCGUGAGAUCGAGAAAGAGGCAUUAGCAUUCAGUUAUCAACUGUGCAAUACCUUGGCUGAAGGGAAUAGCCACGCACAAGACGAGGAGGUCUUUGAACAGAUAUUCAAGAAUGGACAAGGGAGAAAGAUAUAG